UUGAAGCCAACCUCGUAAACGGUCACCAGUUGUCGAGAACAAAUUUGACAGCGUAACAAAAUCAAAACACAGUGAUAAGAAAAGAAAAGAUUGAAUUUUGUAUAAUCUCGGUCAAAAAAUAGAGUUCCGGCAAUCCUGGACGGUAGUCCUCAUCAUACUUUAAUUUAUCUGAUAACUAGCCCAGCAAUGUUCCAAAUUCUGAGGAUCUAAAGUGCCAAAAAGACAAGUAAAAGGUGGGGCUUCAGGCAGGAUCGUGCACAUCCACGACGUAAUUGGUGUUGAUUCUUAUUUGUUGUGUAAAUAGUAUAAAGUGAGAAUAGUAAAAAAAACACUAGAAAAUGAGUUACCAGGAUGAGGAAGAACAGGUGGGAUCGUUUCCGAAGGACUUCGGGUACGGGGACUUUGAGCACGAGAAUGACGGAAAUCGGGUGUCAGAUGAUAAGCCUCGCAUUCUACUGAUGGGGCUACGCCGUUCCGGCAAAAGCUCCAUCCAGAAGGUGGUCUUCCACAAGAUGUCCCCCAACGAGACACUCUUCCUCGAGUCGACGAACAAAAUUGUGAAGGAUGACAUCAACAACAACAGCUUCGUGCAGUUUCAGAUUUGGGACUUUCCGGGGCAAAUUGAUUUCUUCGAUCCGACCUUCGAUUCGGACAUGAUAUUCGGUGGCUGUGGGGCACUGGUGUUCGUAAUCGAUGCUCAGGACGAUUACGUAGAGGCCUUGACAAAGCUGAACCAGACCGUCACGAAGGCGCACAAGGUCAACCCGCGUAUCAAGUUCGAGGUGUUCAUUCACAAGGUGGACGGUGUGAGUGACGAUUUUAAGAUGGAAUCCCAAAGGGAUAUACACUCGAGGGCAACGGACGACUUAAUAGAUGCAGGACUCGAAGGUGUUCAUUUAAAUUUUCAUCUAACGUCAAUCUAUGAUCAUUCAAUUUUUGAAGCGUUUUCGAAAGUAGUGCAAAAGUUGAUACCCCAGCUAGCUGCACUUGAGAAUCUGUUGAAUCUGUUUAUCCACAAUUCCGGCAUUGAAAAGGCGUUCCUGUUUGAUGUGGUAUCGAAAAUCUACAUCGCAACCGAUGCGACUCCGGUAGACAUGCAAAGUUACGAGCUAUGUUGCGACAUGAUCGAUGUGGUGAUUGAUCUUUCAUGCAUCUAUGGCUCUCGGGACAAUCCAGAUGUGCCUGCGUUCGACAACCAGAGCUCGAGCAUUAUAAAAAUGAACAACAGUACGGUGCUGUACCUGAGGGAGGUGAACAAAUUCUUAGCCUUGGUGUGCAUUAUCCGGGAGGAAAGUUUCUCCAGGCAGGGUGUGAUCGAUUACAACUUCCUCUGCUUCCGUGAAGCUAUAACGCAAGUGUUUGAGCUUCGCUUUAAGCACCAGAAGCUGGAAGCUAUCGAGCAAGACUCGGACAAUUUGGAGGAUCUACGAGAUUUUGAACGGGGGGAUGUUAUAUCGUCCAUGAAGCGGUUCCAGGAUUAAUUCCGCCAUCAACACUUUCGACAUUUGACUUUGUUACAAUCAAACUUGCGCGUUAAAGAAAAAAAUGUUCAGGGAAAUGUGCAAAAUGAGCGUUUAGAUGGACGUAGAUGUCCAAUAGAUUGUGGGCGGAAGAUUUUGUUUCGAAAAUUUUAGUUUAAAAGCUUAGCUUUUGUUUUGAAAAUGUUUAUAUCGAAAUGAGCAAAAAGGUGAAACAUAUACCGUGUAAUGAACGUGAAAUGAAGCCUAUCCCGUCAUUCAUCGAAUAAUAACCUAUUGCAAUGAAAUGAGUUUACAGGCAUACAUAUAGGACACACAUUUUAGUAAUCAUUUCUCAGAAAGAAGUUCCACGUACCACAGCCUAGAAGGCAAGCUCAUGUA